UAAUAAUUGUUCGAAAUGUGGUUUAUCAAAUUCAAAUCACGUCUAAAAUUGAGGUAUAUAAAAGCUCUAAGGAUUCGAAUAGCAAGUAAAUUCUCUGCAAAGUCCAAGUUUUCCAAGUUUUUAAAUAGCUGCUCUAUCAUGUGGCGUAAGGUGGCGUAUUUUUUGUCUGUUAUCGGGGUUUGUGUGUUUGCUCAGGAAAUUUCCACUGAUGUAAACCUUAUCAAAUUCGUGUACUACGACGCAUCUGCACCCAGCACUGGGGUAGAAAUCGUCUUCAAUGACGUACAAUCAUUGACAGCAUCAGGGCUCAAGGCUGGCGUCCCCACCACACUGGUCAUUGAUGGCUUCCUUUCCAAUGGAGAGACUCCUAUGCCAAAAACUACUAAAAAUGCAUUGAUUCAAAAUCGUCCCCAAGAAAAUGUGAUUAUCGUAGAUUGGGGAGCCCUGUCGGGUUCCGGGACUCCAAUUCCGAAUCAAGAAGCUCUUUUGCAGACUUAUGUAAAAGUUCUGCCAAACAUUGGUCCCGUUGGGAGACGAGUUGCACAGUUUCUCCAUUUUCUGAAAGUAAACAAAGCAAUUUCUUCCAGCCAGGUGCAUAUCGUUGGGCAUAGUCUUGGGUCACACAUUUCCGGAGCUGCUGGAUCAUGGGCGCAGCGUGACUUUAAUGACACGAUUGCCAGAAUAACUGGUUUGGAUCCGGCAGGUCCAUUCUUUUCUGGUGGAAACGAUAAUGACAAACGACUCCACAAAGAAGAUGCCACAUUCGUAGAUAUUUAUCACACGAAUAGAAACAUGCUUGGCGACAAGGAUCACAAAACUGGCGAUGUGAAUGUUUAUGUGAACGGGGGUGAUAAUCAGCCUGGUUGUGAGGAAAAGGAAGAUAAAGCCGUGUGCAGUCACUCUUACUCGUGGCGAUUGUAUGACCUCGCAUACACAAGGGAAAUAGAAGCUUGUCCUUGUACUGGUUUUGCAUGUCAGUGCAAAUCCAAUUGUCAGACGACUUGCAGUAACCCGAUUCGAAUUGGGGACCAAAUGCCCACCAGUGCACGGGGUGCUUACCAUCUUUUGGUAUCGGACACUUUUGAAAAGUGAUCAAACAUUUUAUAAAAGCAAAAAAAAACACAAAAGAUAAAUUCAAAUAAAGACAAGUUGUCAAAUUGGUAAUUUA